UAUCUAUUUGCUUAAACAAUUUUGAUCUAGUUAAAAAUACCUUGAGAUGUUAUAAAAGGAAGCUACAUUGUCGACCGUCCAUUGACUUUUAGUUAUCAGCUGUUAAUACUACUCCGAUUGAAUCGUUUGAUUAUUUACAGACUUUCGGAAAUCAUAAAAAGAUUAUUGCUGAUGAGAUUAUAAAUCGACGUUUAAUGUGCUAAUAAAAUAAAAUUUAUAUAGACAAUUCGUUCAAACUACAAAUGCGAUUGCACGAUACGUACUUAUAUUCCCCAUUUUAAAACAAUCAAAAACCAACAUGAACAGGACCGAAUUUAAACAUUUUAUAAGCCGAUUAAAUCAGUACAAUUUAUUUAAAUUAUUACAACACAUUAUUAAAUUUCAAGUUGCUGUUAAUGGGAGUGUUUAGUAUUUUGCAGUAAACGUCGUAUAAUUAUCAAGAAGAUAUUCUCGUAAUAAAUAAUAACAGAAAUAUCUUAUAAAAUAUAUGUAUUCAGGAUACAAGAUAACAUUUUGAUUUUGCAAUUCAGUGUUGCCAGGCACUAUAAUGUUCUCCAAACCACAGGAGUUCCCCACGGGAACAAUUUAAAACCGAUUGCUCGUCGCGAUAUCAGAAAGUUAGGUGAAAUCGUGUUAAGUGGUUUUAAUUACUUAGGGAACUUAGACAGCGCUCAACGGAAGUUUCAACGUCACUCAAUGAGGGUGGAUGCGCUAUUGCAGGAUGCAGAACACUGUUAUCGCUGUAAUACGUUGCUGAAGCUUCGCCUCUGUUUUAAGCUACUAUCAACUUUGCUUCGAGGCUAACCAAUUAUACUUUUAUUUCGUUAAAAAAUUCAAACAAACUCAAAAGUACUUAGUUAAUAAUUCAAAGUAAUCGGUCUUUUACUCCUAUUCAUUUUCUCACGGUAAAUUAUAUUCUAUCGCUUGAAGAUUAACGAAUAUGUUCGACUAAAACCAAUAUUGAUUUUUUCCAAAGUAAUAUUAGUGGAGAAAAUAUCAAAUAUUGAUAUACAGAUUAUCUGAAGAUCGUAGACUCAUUUCGUACGGUCAUUUGUAGAUUUUGUUUGUGUGUAUGUGUGAUGUGCGCGCGCGUGAGAUAUUACAUGUAUGUAAUAUCUGGACAAAACUUAAACGAUAAAGAAAUUUUCGACCUAUAAGAGCGUAGUUAAUCUUACCGUUAUUAUACUCUUUUUUAUGCUUUCCUUAAUGUACUAUUACUUUUGUUAUAUUAGCACUCCUCGGAGUUGAUCCGAUCACGUCUUCAUCCUACGAAGUUUUCUUUACGAAUGAAGAACUUACGAUACGUAACCUAGAAACAUUCGAGAUAUUGGUAUACUCGAGUAUAUGCGUAGUAGAGAUAGUUAAUCUUUAAUACAUACAACAACAAAAAUAUUAUUUGUCCUCUAAGGACAAUGAAAGAGUCUUAUUACGAUAAAAACUAAUACGUAGGAAUAUAUUCGCCAUUGUUAUUUAGGUUUUCUGUAGGUAAACUAGCGUCGCACUCGACAGACAAAUUAUUUACCGACAAGAGGGCGCUGCGAUUUCUUUUGAUAGUAAUGGCAACAUAGCCUCCUGGCAGUUAAUAUAUCUAAGUUUUCCUUGUUUCCAGUUAAAUAUUAGUUUUAGAAAUAAGUGUUUUUUUAAGAAGUUUAUGUGAUGAAGAUAGUGACCCUAUAAUGUCGAGCGCAGUAAUUGAUCCUUGAAAGUGAAAUUUUGUCCAAGAUAUUAAUAUGGCUCGAGCUCGUGAAUACAAAAGAUCAUUGGAUGCUAUGAACACUAACACAGACUUUAUGGACAUACCUAGAUUUAGCGAAGAAGAGAUCUUGAUAAAACAAGAGCCGUGUGAUAAAGAUGAUACGGACUCGUAUGAUACUUAUAUAUCAACCAUUAAAGAAUCUGAAGAUAUUAACUUGAGUAAUAUACCUGAAGAUAAUAUCAGUUGGAAAGAAAAUGUUUAUUCUCAAUCUGAGAGCCUUUGUAAUGUAACAAUUAAUCAAAUCGAAGAGAAGCCUUUUUUGAUGAGUCACGUGGAAACUGAAGAUAGAAAGUAUAUUCAGCAGGAGAAAGAUUCCUUUGUAAUUGACAAAAACGGUAAAAACAGGAAAAGAUUAGUAAAAGAUAAUGAUAUUAGAACAUCCAGUAAAAAACAAGGCAGAAAUAUAUCAGCAACAAUGGGAAAGAAGAGCAUUGUUUAUUGCGAAAUAUGUUCUUUGCCUUACGACAAUUUGAAUCGGUUAAAAUUUCAUAAAUCUUCCUAUACCAAAAAUAGUAAUUAUUUUUGUUCCAGUUGCUUCUCGCAUUCUUGCUCUCAUAUGAGACUAAAGAUUAGUAAUAAGAUGUCAAAAUCUUCUAAAUAUCGUUGUCAUUUUUGCAAACGACUGUUUAGCAAGAAAAAAAAGUUACAAGGUCAUUUAUUUCACGUUCAUGGUAAAGAGAUAGGUAUAAAUGUUGAAGGUGAUUCAUUUUCAAUAAAGCAUUCUGCAACUGUUUCAUAUUCUGGUGUAUUAAAGAAGAAGCGAAUGCGGCAGAAGACAAUGAUGGAAUACAUCGUACGUCCUAAUGAAGAAGAUGCAAAAAAUACAUCUGAAAAUUUGAACAACUGGAACGAUAGUAGCGCGUUAACAAUAAUUAAACAGGAGGUUGAAUGGAUGGAUGAUCAAGUGAAUGAUCAGUCGUCGACGGAUAAAAUAGUCUCUACUAUAUCUCGACCGAGUCAGGAGUUAAAUAAAAAUAAAAUACGAGAUCAGCCAUUUGUUAAAAUACACGUCGAUUCGAACAUGAUGAAAGCUCUUUUAGGAAUUUCUAAUGGCGACGACUGUCUCGAACAAUCUUUCCUAUAUAGUAGUAAUAUUAAUAGUAAUAGUAUUACUAAUAGUAGUAAUAGUAAGCCUUACGCAUUGCGAUCUUUAAAUAAUUCUAUAACGGUAAAUGAUAGUAAACCACCCAUGAUCGUACGUGAAAAUAAUCGAAGCGAUAGCAAGGUAAGAAAACUUUUAAGUAUGUGUAAAAAAUGUACCAUUUUGUUGGUAAGAUACGAUGAUAAAUUGCUCACCAGAUUGACUUCGAAUUCUUCGCAAUUUGCUACGUCAUCUUCUCAGGCUUUAAAACCAGUUAAACGUAAAUUGCGUAAACGUAGAUUACCGCAUCGAAAAAGUAAGAGUAACGAGUUAUCUUCCAUGAAUAGUUUUCCACGAAUUAAUGUUACGAACAAGUCUUCUGUAAGAUCUCCGCCUGUAAAAAUUAGAAAACGAAUUGCUAAGAGUAAAGCAAACUUAUCUAUCGCGUUAAAUUUUAAGCGUUCUACCGAGUUUAAACCGAAUCGCAAGAAGCGUUCUGAUCCGCCUCGAUCGUUGCUCAAACGAUUCCUUCUCGAUAUAGGAAAGAACGUAUCUUCAAAGAAAGCAAAUAUUACGAAUCCUGAAAACUCAUCGUCUCAGAAGAAGUCGGUUUCAACGGAAUUUCAAAAUAAACGCUCCGCAAAUGCUAUUGCUGGAUUGAAGGAAGUGAAGGUAUCUUUGGUAAAGUUGCCAGAAAUUAAAAAGGAAUUGAUCGUGCCGGAAGUGGAUGAAAAUGCAACGAUUGACAGCAGAAACGAAACAUUUCCUUGUACAAUUUGUAAGACGUCACUGAUCUCGGAGAAACGUUUGAAAAAACACAUGAAGAAAUAUCAUACAGCAUACAUAUCAAGCAUAUGCCGAGCACGAUACGAGUCGAAACGUCUUUUAUUGAAACAUUACUUACAAGAACACGACAUGUGGGUAUGCAAAUGUUGCGUUUGUUAUCAAUUCUUCAAUAGUCGAUUAUCAUUGAAACAACAUUUGCUGCUACAUUGUAUCAAAAUAACGUUAUCGAAAUACGAUCGUCCUCUUUCGAAUAAAACUAUAAAAUGUCAUUUGAAUACAAAAAGAUACAAGUGCAAGAGAAACGCUUUAAAGAUCAUGCUGCGAUCGCAAUCGACGGAACGUCGAGAGAUCGACGUUAUUAAUCGGAAAAAACCAAAGGAAAAUUUAAAUGUAAGUAGAAUAGAGAAUCUGACAAAUCAGGUUAGCGAACGCAAAGAGAAUAAUGACGAUGUUCUUGGAAAAGUAUAUGAUCGGCUAGGAGAUCAGACAAUCUUUGUUGAAUUAACGAACCCAUUCAAAAGUAAUAAUACCAAAGUUUCUCCUUCUAGAAAUAAUGACUUGAUGGAAGAACCAAUACCAGAUGCUUCGUAUACUGCCAACGAAUCUAUCAUUUAUAAUUCUAACGAGUAUCGGCAAAUUGAAUUGAUACCGCAUACGAAUGUGAUACAAUCGGGUGUUAGCGAUAAUAAUGAGUCUAAACCGGACAUAGAAACUAUAGUAAAUAAUCGGAAAUAUCCAUGUUCGGUUUGUGGGAAACAGUUUCAAAAACAAGGAAGUUUAUUCAAACACCAACGUACCUACGCUCGAUCGUACAAUAAUUUCUGUGAAAUUUGCGGACUACUCUUUUCAUCGAAGAACUUAUUGAAAACUCACAUUAAUACCACUCACGAUUCUCUCAUCUGUAAUUUAUACAAAUUGCACUGCCAAUUUUGCAAUCAAGGCUUUCGUUCUGAAAACAAUCUUCGAAUACACGAAUUGCAUUAUCACGCAACUGCAGUAACUAUCAAUAAUCAAAGAGUGACUGAUUUUUUGAAAGUUUCCAACGGUGACACUAAUCAAUCCUUACAAACGAUUUGCAAUGUUUGCGGCUUAUUUUUUAACACGUAUGAACGCUAUCAGUUACAUUAUACGUAUUAUUAUAAAAAUCAUAUAUUCUCGUGUAUAUUUUGCAAUAAGAUAUUCCACGGGUGGUACAUGCUACAUCGUCAUAACAAACUAUACCAUUUUAGAAAUAGCUCAAUAUUUUAUGAAUAUAAAUGUUCGACUUGUUACGAAGGGUUCACCAUUAAGUCACAUUUUCAAGCACAUCAGUCGCACGUACAUUCGAACAAAGAACAUAUAGAAUCACCGAUUUCGAAUUUUGCAUUGAAUUCUUUGCAUUAUAAUAAAAUGAGUAAGUCUUACAUAUGUUCCAAAUGUAAUGUCGAAUUCUUCAACAUAGCGGAACUCAUGUUACACGUUGAACAUUUUUCGAAUCGUGGCAAUUAUCAGUGUUUAGAUUGUCCCAGAAGAUGUUAUACAUUGUCAAUACUGUGCGAACACAUUAGUUUAAAUCAUGACGAUAACGAAUCGGCGAACGGUUACAAGUGUGAUAUUUGUGGCGAAAUUUUAAUAUCUAAUAUUUCGUUAUUGUGUCAUCAAAAGCACUUACAUAGUGAGGGAGGAACUGAACAAGUCGUUUCCUUCUCAUGUAAAUAUUCCAAUACGAACGUAAAUUUUAACGAAAUCAUUCAUGACGAUAAGACGGUUAUCGAUAACGAACCAAUGUUAAUUGUACGCGAUCCUACUUCUUCCAUUAGUCUGCAAAAAUGUAAUAUCUCGUGUCCGAUAUGUGCUGUCAAUUUUGAAAAAGAAGUAUGUUUGAAGGAACACUUAGCCGAAUAUUUAGAUUUCGGGGAUUAUCAAUGUGGCGAGUGUAAAAGACGCUUCGCUAAUUCAGAAUUUUUAAAAAAACACGUAGAAAAUCAUGUGGCUCCGGGUAUGCCUUUUUCGGAAUAUUAUUGCACCAUUUGUAACGAAAACUUUAAAUCCUCUGAUCUUCUCGAAUCUCAUGUUGCUCAUUUACACGCCCGUGUUAUUUUUAAAGAUGUUUCAUCAAAGCCAAUUUAACAUUCGUACUUUACAAAAUGGUAAUAUAUAAUUUUUACGAUAAGUUAUAUAUAAUCCCAAUAAAACUAAGAAUUUAUGCGUGAAUGUUUAAUACAAGAAUUUCUUUUCAUUUUUUAUCAUUUCCGUGUAAGU